GAAAAAACGUAGAGAGAGAGUUCGUUCAUUCACUUUCUCACAGUUUACGUCUCAGUGUCUGUCUUUAAUGGCGAGGACGGCGUUCUUCAAUUCCACAAUUCUUGACGUUCUCUCCACCUCUACCUCCUCCUCCUCCUCUUCUUAACUCCCCGAUUCCCGAGGCGCCCCAAUCUCCUUCGAUCCUUCAAUCCUUCUUCUUCUUCUUCCGAGACUGGGCAGUGAAGAAUCUAGGGAUCGAUUGGGAGAUAUAGGUAAAGAUGAGUGCCGGCAAAGGUGAUAGGAAGGCGACUCUUGACGCCGCCUCAUGGCUGUUCAAUGUGGUUACAUCUGUUGGAAUAAUCAUUGUCAAUAAAUCAUUGAUGGCUACGCAUGGUUUCAGUUUCGCCACAACGUUAACGGGUCUGCAUUUUGCCACAACAACCUUAUUGACACUUGUCCUUAAGUGGCUGGGAUACAUCCAGCCUUCCCAGUUACCACUGCCUGAGCUUUUGAAGUUUGUUUUAUUUGCAAAUUUCUCCAUAGUUGGGAUGAAUGUGAGCUUAAUGUGGAACUCUGUUGGAUUCUAUCAGAUCGCGAAGCUGACUAUGAUCCCAGUAUCAUGUUUUCUAGAGGUUGUCUUGGACAAGGUCCGAUACUCAAGGGAUACGAAGCUUAGCAUAACAUUGGUUCUCCUUGGUGUUGCAGUUUGUACUGUUACUGAUGUGAGUGUUAAUGCCAAGGGUUUUAUAGCUGCUUCAGUGGCAGUUUGGAGCACUGCCCUACAACAGUAUUACGUGCACCAUCUUCAACGGAAGUAUUCUCUUAGUUCUUUCAACCUAUUGGGACAUACUGCACCAGUACAGGCUGCAUCUUUGCUGAUAUUAGGUCCCUUCGUGGACUUCUGGUUGACAAGUAAAACAGUUUAUGCAUAUGACUAUCAUUUUGUAUCAGUGUCAUUGAUUCUCCUAUCUUGCACCAUUGCGGUAGGAACCAACCUCAGCCAGUUCAUAUGCAUCGGCAGAUUUACUGCUGUGUCGUUUCAAGUCCUGGGCCAUAUGAAGACGAUUCUAGUCUUGAUCUUAGGAUUCAUAUUCUUUGGGAAAGAGGGUCUCAAUCAUCAAGUAAUUUUAGGUAUGUUCAUUGCAAUCAUGGGAAUGAUAUGGUAUGGCAAUGCCUCAUCCAAACCAGGAGGCAAGGAGCGUCGUUCCGCUCCAAGCAAAUCCCAGAAGAAAGGCACUGUAUCAGAGUCCUCUGAAGUGGAUGACAAGGUAUAGAAUAUCAGAAAAGGCUGUGCCUACAGUGGGAGAAAAUGGAAUGAAAUAGAGAGCAUAUUAGGUCAGCUGAUUCAUAUCUACAAGGCAAAUCCCUCAAUUUUUACACUUUUUUUCACCAUAUUUGAUAUUUGUAUUCUUGAGUUUACCAAAGUGAAAGAUAAAAGUUGUAUGGUGUAAAAGUUCCCUUGUACCACUAUAAUUUUUUAAUAUUAACUUAUUAUAAAAUCAAUUUCAGAGACCA